AUGGGCGACCGCGAAGAUGAGCGCGCACUAAAUCUCGCGUUCCAGACCUUACUCGACGGCACACGCGAGGCGACAGAGCAGCGCGUCGAGCUCACUGCGCUCCGGAAGCUGUGUUCGAGAGGCAUCCCCUCCCAACCGGCUUUUGUACGCCCGCUCGCAUACUCGCUCCUCCUCGGCGUCCUACCUCCCGAGAAGCCCGCAUGGAGGAAGACUCGCCGCGCCCAGCGCGAGAAGUAUUACAACCUCGUCCGAACGGUCAUGGACGAGUUCGAUGCCGCACCUUGUCCCACCGACCCGCCCGCGCCGGUAGACGCACUGCUUCUCCGCAUAUCUCAGGACCUUGAACGCCAAGCCCCGGACAUUGUGCCCUUGCGGUCACACACGCUCCCGCCUCGCUCUUCCCCUCUCGCGCCUGCGCGUGUGGAUGAUGUAUCUGCUGCCGACGAAGACGACGACUCGACCUCCGAGGAAGAGGAAGGUGUGCGCAACGAGGAUGUGAACCGCCGGUCGCGUGAACGGCGUAGGAGGCCCCGCCCACCACCGCUCGUGUCCAGGCGCGCCCUGUUCGCGCGCCUUAACGGCAUCACAGCUGCUAAGAACGGCAUCUUGGUCAAGGACGAGCAGAAGGAGACAAGUGGAGAACCUGAAUCCCUCUUGUCGCCAAAGAUUGUCCUUUCACCAGAGGCUGAAUACCCUCUCGGUCAGGACCGCAGCACCACUCCAUCACUCUCCCUCACCAUACCAGGAGAUAACGACGGCGCACAGCCACCAUCACCAAUCACGCUUCUCUCGCCACAAGCCGUGCGCGACAGCGACCACACCUCGGACCCCGAACGGGCUGACACCCACAUCGAAGCCAUCACCCGUCUCCUGUUCGUCUUCACGCGCUCCAAUCCAGGAUGGGCGUACACACCGUCAUUUGUCGACAUCGUUCUCCCGCUCUAUUUAAUCUAUGGGGAGCUUAUCGAUCGCAAAAGAAGUGACCCGGUGCAGGGCAGCCACGCUGAGGAGGAGACAUUCUGGGCAUUGACCGCCAUCAUGGGCGAGCUCGGCGACGUCGUCUCCUCAGGUGAAGAUGGCAACAUCAACCUGGCUAUGCAACGCUUAGGGCGGCGCAUGCGCUGGGCCGACGAGCCGUUAUGGCAGAUGCUCUGCAGCCGCAACCUCGAUCCCGCACAGCCGCUGUACACCUAUCAGUGGCUGACGAGCCUCUUGACACACGACAGGGCCAGCCUCCUCAACACCUGGGACUACCUGUUCUCACAGCCACCCACGACGCCCGAGAUGCGGCCGAAGCUUGACACCCUCAUCGACCUCUGUGUCGCCGUGAUUUGCAUGCUCAAGCAGCGUAUCUACUACCCUCCCGCACCAUCACCGCGCAAGCGCAACACGAUGUGGAACGAGCCCGAGAACAUUGUCGCGCCAAGCAUCAUCGACGAGGAGGAUCCCGAAACCUCGUUCGUGCGCGUGCUCCAGCUCUUCCGCAGCUAUAAGCUGAGCGAGCUCGGCGGGACGCCGCACCUACUUUUCACCGCGUUCGAGCUGCACCAGGAGCGGCUGACAGCCAUCAUGGAUGGUACCGAUCCAGAUGCUGUUGGCUGGGCCGAGGAGCGUGACAAGGCUGCCGCGAAGAGCAGCUGGGCGACUGCCAAGCUUCGCGCAGCGGCCCAGGGCGCGUGGACGUCGUACUCGCAAUACUCCUCGCAGAUCUCACAAUCGAGCACCGCCGCUUCUCUCGCGCGAGCUUCCGCCAACGCUAAGGCUGCGUCGCAAGCUGCAAUGAGCAGCGCCCCGGCAGGACCCAACUGGAAGGGACUGAGUGCAGCGGCGGGCGCAGCCGCGGGACGAUGGCUGAAACGUGCUCCGCGGGACGACGAGUCGAUAGACGGCGAGGAGUUUGAGCACUUCUCGUCGCUUCCCUCGACUCCUGGCAACCCUCGCUCACCAAUACACGGCCCCUUCUCGCCUGAGAAGCGCAGUAGUUUCUCGGGGCAAGUACCGCGGAAGAGGAGCGACAGUGUGACGUCCAACUCUACCAUGUCCGUGUUGAGCCUCCACGACAAGCUCGCUGGCCUGGCUUCGACCUUUGGCGCUACCAAGGAGAAUCCAGAGGUCCCGGAGGAGGACGCACACCUCACGGCCGGACCUCGCCCGCUCCUGCUCUCAACGUCGGCUAGGCGCGCGAGCAACUCGGGUGGUCAGUCUGGCGGUCGAUCGCCAGCCCCUCGGUCACGGGCGAGCAGCCCGCUGCCUGUAAACAGAUCCCUGUCGUCGGGUGGGCGAUUGCCCAAUAAUCGUGCUAGCGAACCUCUGCCGGGCUUAUCUACUCCUCCGCCACCCGGUGUGCACGGUGGGCUGUAUCGGAUAGGCAGCAGAAAUCGUAAGCCGUCGUCGCCGACGAAGAGCAGUUCGGACGGGUACCGCAACUCGGUGACGAGCUUUGGGAGCGGCGACUCGGACCGCACGCGCGACAGCGUCGCGUCGACACCAUACGAGAGCGACGCAUCCAGGGGAUCCAGCGGGGGAUGGCACUCGGCCAUAGGCUCCACACCCAAGGCAGUACAGGCGCGCCUCGACGCCGCCAAGUCGCCGACCUCGGCGCACGCCCUGUCUAUGGUGACCUCCGCGCCUCCGCCUGACCCAGAACCCGAACCCGAAUCCGAGCCUGAAGAGCCCAUCAACAUCCCGACACCUGCGAUCGGCCACCUCACCGAGGAUGACUACGAGCACGUCUACGAGCCCGCCGAGGACUCGUUCAUUCUUCUUGACGCGUUGGAGCAGGACGCCCGGGCGAUCAGAGCCGCCAAUCCCGCGCUGUGCGUUGAGAUUGGCUCCGGAUCAGGCAUUGCGUCGACAUUCAUGGCGUCGAUGCUCGGCGCGUCGAACACGUACGUUAUCUCGACAGACAUUAACAAGUAUGCUGCGGACGUCACGCUGAGGACCGGUGCAGCCAACGAUGUGCCCCUCAACCCUGUGUUAUGUAACCUCCUCGACCCGUUGGUGCAGCGCCUAGCCGGUAAGAUCGAGCUGUUCAUCUUCAACCCGCCGUACGUCGAGACGGAGGAGGCUGAGAUGACGGCGACCCAAUCUGGGCGUGACAUUGGCGGCGCGUGGGCCGGCGGCAACUUUGGUAUGGGCGUGACGAACUUGGUGCUGGAGCGCCUUGAAAUGCUCCUCGCUCCAGGCGGUCGGUUCUACCUCGUCGCGAUUGCGCAGAACAAGCCCGACGAGAUCAAGGCGCGCAUGCGCGCGGCCGGCCUCGAUUGCAAGACGAUCAUCAAGCGCCGCGCUGGCCGUGAGCUGCUGAGCGUACUGCGCAUGAUGCGUCCGGCUGCAACCAGCCCGGCCUCGAGCCGUUCGACGAAAGUCCUCACACCUGUGUCGCAGAACUUUGUUUCCGUCUCCAAGGACAAGGGCGACGACGAGUAUGGUGGCCUGCUUGAUGCGUACGUGUAG